UUGAAGCCACUCGAUCGAUCCACACACUACUACUAUACUGUACUGCAAUGCAUGCAUGCAUGCACUGCAUUUAUCAUCAGCGCGAGGAUCCAGUCGGAUGUUGAUGAUGAGGAUCCCGCGACCUUUUUUACAGUUUCUAAACAUUUUAAACUGGUGAACAAUUCGACGGAUUCCAAUUCAGUUCUUAAUUCAUCCGUGAACUAAAACAAAAUUAGAGGGAGAAGUGGCAGGAAUUAGGCUUAGCCUUUGCGAGACAUCUCGACACAAGUUGCUACUACCGGUCAUUUCUAAGUAAUUAUUGGACUCAUUUGUAAACAAACCCAUGAUGUGGCUCAUCGACACAUGACCAUGGACAGAUCCAAUUGAAUUGGGGAGGCAAGAUGACUGACAACAACAUGCCUCACUUUUACUCCCUCUGUCCAGAAGAACUUAAUAGAAGCUGAGGAUAUUGUAACCAAAUAUUUGAUUCUUAUACUUCUAGAUCUGCUCAGCAGAUGAGGCCAGGCCAGUGCAACUGCAAGGAGGAUCCUGAUUUUUUGAAGUUGGCUGAAUAUUAAAGCUGAAUGCUGAAAGAGAUAUGUGUUGCGAUUAAUCAUUGUUUGCUGGGAGUUACUGCAAAAGUGCAAUGUUUAUUCACUCAUCAUGGAUGGUCAGUCAUAUUCCAUGUCUAUGGAGGUCUUCUUAACAUUAAGUGGACAAGCUAGCUGAACAAGAUUUGACACUUUUCAUUUUAACCUGGAUUUCUUAAUUGAAGCACAAAUGACAAAGCUAGUGAAUUGCCAUCAUCACUAGGCUCACAAACUUUUGACAAAAUGCCAGUCCAUUUGAACAUGUCACCAAUCCUCUUGCGAGUCCUGAGAAUAAUAUUCAUGAAACUUCUUGGGACAACCUCGGUUCUAGUCGCCACAGGCUUUAGCAUAUCCCUCCUGCUCCUUCUUGCCGUCAUAGACUCUCAAAUCUUCCAGGAAAACCGGUUGCGGAUCAGCAUCGAUCUUGACAGCGGCCAUGGAAUCUCAAGAACGUUGCCAACUUUGAAUGAUCGGUCUUCUUCAGUGAAAGGCCGACACAAACUUGAGUGGGAGCAAGACCAGGAUACGGCUGAUCAGUUCAUGAAACCAGAAUGGGAUGUGCAAAAGUUAGCGGAUGUCUUCACAGCUGGCCCUGAUUGUACCGUCAAACCAUUGCUCCUGUUAAUUGUCACAUCAGCACCUGAAAAUACCAAAAGGAGGACAGCAAUAAGACAUACAUGGGCACGAUAUAGAGACCCCAAAGUUUUGAAUACAACUCAUUUCAAGACCAUAUUUUUAAUUGGUAAAACUUCUUCUUUACUAAAUGAGCAGAUUGAAGACGAGAGUGAAAAGCACAAAGAUAUCCUCAUUGGAGAUUACGUUGACAGUUAUCGGAACCUUACGUACAAAGUCCAGCAUGGGAUAAUGUGGUCAGCUGACUCUUGCCAAUCGCAGUAUCUUCUGAAGACGGAUGAUGAUUGCUUUGUAAAUACCAAAGGUCUGGUGGAGUUUCUUACUAGACAUAACCAUCAAACAAAAAACUUAUAUGUCGGCCACAAGAUGAGGAGUCGAGAGGUGGUGCGAGACCCGGGAAGCAAGUGGUACGUGUCCUGGAAGGACUACCCCAGAGAUUCCUACCCAUGGUAUGCCAGUGGAACAGGGUACCUGCUCUCCUCCGAUGUCGUCCACAAAAUUGCCAAGCGGACAUCGUACCAUCACCCAUUCCCGGUCGAGGAUGCCUACAUGGGAGUCCUUGCCGAGGACUUGGGAGUCGGCCUUGUUGACACGCCCCGCUUCGCCUUGUUCAGUACUAAGUGGACGAUGUGUAACUACCUGUAUUUCUUUGUCGUCCAUGACUUGACUCCGGAGCAGCAGUAUGUUUGCCUGAGGUAUGCUGACGAGAGUGAGAAAACUUGCCAAAGAACUAAGGAUCUUGAGCUUUGGGAUUGAAAAGAUUUGUCUUCAAAUCUCAACUGGAGAGCUCAAAGUUUCAGUCAGAAAUGUGGUAAUUUACUUUUGCAGAUUAUUUUCAUGGCUGCUGAAUUCAUGAAAUGAAGUUGUGUGCACUUUAUGCAAAUGAAAAAUAAUCAGCACAUCAAGUUUAGAUUAUUUAAAAAGUAAGAAAAAUGUAAUUGUAGAUGAUAAAGGACUGUGUACAUUAAUAGACUUAUUUUUCUUCCAAAACUGGAAUAUUUAAUUCUUGGGUAUUGUGCACCAUGAUAAAGAAUGUCUUCCAAAUAUGAGAGCAGCUUUUAAAUGGUUUCAUGUUACAGUGAAAUGUCCUACUAGAGGGGUGCAUGUACUAGAAGGAGCACUGAAGCAACUUGUACAUUACAUAUCGUGCAAUAUGAAUGUAUCUAACCUAGAUACUAGACCACAGGGUAUUUUUGAGGGGAGGGGUGAUGAGUUUCUUUCUUUAUCUCUUUCUCAUUGAUUUGAUACCCCUAUAUACGUACAUUGUGUUGUGUUCAUAACUUCUGAAUGCUUUAAUCACUUCUUGUUAUAAUGGCAAGCUAGUAUAUUGAUUGAUUUCUUUGCAUUGGAUCUCUCCCAGAAAGAUCUAACCACUGUGCCCAGUCAAAGAGGAUACAGGGCUAACACAUCUUCUUUAUCACUCUCUCAAAUAUGUGUAUUACCUAUUUGGAGAUGGAGGUUUUGUUACUUGAGUAGUGGUAAAUAUCUAUGCUUGUUUAAAGAUAUGCCAGUCAAUGCAUUGGCCGGAUAUGUCAGAUCCUUGGUAAAUUUUUCAACCUCAUUUGCCAAAUAAAUUCUGUGGUUGAAAAUUGGGUGAAUAUACUUCUUGCACAUACAACGUAAUACCUAGUACUAAAUAGUUUCUUGCAUUAAGUUUUUUUUUAUUGGCCUUGUUUUGAAAAGUGAAAAUGUUGAAUGAGAUCUUUUUAACCAAACAGAAACAACUUCUGAGAGAACUCUAUAUUUUAGUUUUUCAAAUAUUUGAGUAAGUCCAAUAUGAAAUGUAAUGUAGGCUUACAUGUAAGGCUUUUUUAGGUGUUUAAACCUCCAUGAAUAUGUCAUUGCCAAACGAACAUACAUUGUGUUAAUUGUUUAAGGCCUACACCCCUUGCUAACUCGUCGUCUUCCCAAUUAUGAACAAAGGAAGAAACUUUUUUUAUUACAAGAAGAAUGUAACAAGGACUGUUAAGUUGUGUCUCUGGGUCCUUUAAAACCAAAAUUUGCGAUCAAUCAAAAAAUGGCAAAAGCCAAACAAAUUUAUUUCAUACACCUUUUUGCUAGAAAAAGACUGGUAACUGAUCAGGGGGCUGUUUCAUAAAGCUGUUUGGAAGUUAAGAGUGACUUUAAGAACGACUUGUGAUCCUUAUUUGUGGUAAAUGAUACCAUAAAUGUUAAUUUGAGAUUAUUUAGCACAUAAGAAUAGUUUGCCAGUUGUUCUUAAAGUCGCUUUUAACUUGUAAAAAGCUUCAUGAAACACCCACCCGAAUUGUUCUUUCCAAUUUGCAAUUGAUCGCAUGCAUUUGUCUUACUUGGCCGGGUUGUAUCAUAUCCAUGUGUUGAUGCGUCACUGUGUUUUCACGGCCAGUCCCUCUCCCCUUCCCCUUCCCCCGUCCUAGUUCAUGAUCUCAACCUCAGAAACAAGAUAUAUCUAGCAUACUUGGCAUGACGCCCACAACUUGCUGUCAGGGGAUAGGACAGUCAUUAGCUGACACUGCCUGACUUUGACUCUGCUAUACUAUCAAGGAUACAUGAAUCAUUUCUCUGGGGCAUGUUCCCUUAACUUGCCUUUUAUUUGAGACUAAUUCAAUGAGGCACCCUGCUUCCACCUCCAGACUCAAAGUUGAGGGGUUCAGCUGGUAAAAUGGAGAAAUUGACCGUGUCCAGGCCAGAAUUAUGCGUUACAUCAUGUCGAGAGUUUUAGGAGAAACUGGAAACAGAUAUGAUAUACUCUUCUACCUGUACAUGUAGGUCAAAUAUAAAGGUCAAAUUUAUUUUGCAGCAAUCAAGCCAUGCGUAGGUGUCUUUAGACCUAAUUUAGUAGGAGUGUGGAAUUUGAGUUCAUGGUCUUAUGAAAACUGUACCUUUUCAGUAGGUGAAAAUAUUUUGCAGAUCCCAUACUGUACAGUAGGCACCCUUGCAUUGUGGGUUUAUGAUGUUUAUACAUGACAUUUUAUGAAUGAGUUGUAUCAAAGGCGGAUUUUAUUUCAUUUUUAUUUUACAACAUAGAACUUUUGUCUUCAGUUUAUGGGGGAUUAUUGUGGCAGAGUUCAAGUGUAAGUGCUUUCAUCAUUCCUUUGUUAAAGAUAAAUACCAGUUACAUGUAUGGUAACGAUCUCAAAAUGAGUUUGAACAGAAUCCAAUGUAAUUACCACAAAAGUGUUUGUAUUCAUUAAUAAAAAAUAUACUGUGCCAAAUAGCUCUGAAAGAAAACGCGUUUGAAUGAGCAAAAUAAGCUCAGAAUUCCAUCAAAUAUCGGAUAUUCUUCGAAGCAAUAUUAAUACACUGUCCCACACAAACGCUUAAAUUCUGUGUUAGCGAUCAUCAGAAUUAUAGAUUUUGAGCUAAGAUUUCAUGAUUUUACAAAGAUAAGUUUACAUUAUUGUACCAGAUCUAGAUGUAUGAUAAUAUUUUGACAAUUAACCUUGAUUUAAAAGACUUUCUCACAAAUAAUUGUUUGCUGCAACUUCCGUCUUCUACCUUUAAAGAAGUCAAAGUUCAAAUUGUUUUUAGUCCCUGGCUUGUGAUGAAAGCACCUCAUACCAAAAUGUCAUUAUUGUAAAUGCUGCUUAUAUUGAUACAAGGCAUCAUGUUAUGGAAUACUGAUACAGGAAGGGGGUGUUAUCUGUUGAUAAAAAAAUACAUAAUUCCAGAUGUCUGUGAGGGUAUGCAUUCUCCAGUAUUUCCUGUCUUUAACCGUUUCCCCUCAUACUUUUGAGAUCAAUUUAGCAAGUGACCUACCUACUUAACCUUUGUGUUAGUGAUCAACUCUUUGUGCACAAAACCAGAGGUUUCCAUUUUUCCUGUUUUAUUGGUUUUCACCUGCUAAUAAAGUUGUUCUAACCAUGUUGCACCCAUUUAGAAAAUACUAAAUAUAUGCUUAGAGUAGAGGCUGUUGAGUUCAUGAACAUGUACAUGCUGAGAUUCGAAAGCUCAAAAUGCUAAUAAUUGCUAUAAUAAUUUUGUAGCUACAUGUACAUGUAGGGCCUGCAUCAUUUCUAAAUUUUCUGAAAUUCAUACAAAUUACAAGCACCAAGUCAAAAUGUUGCCUCCAUAUCAUUGUAUGUUUGUGAGAUUAUUCAGCAGAUUGAUUUAGGAUGUCUACAGUAUUGCAAAAUAUAUGAUGAUUUUCUCUUUUUUACAAAGUAGGCUUUCAUGUAAAACUGGAUUUAUAUCCAGAUUCCAGGUACCAAACCUGCUUUGAUUCAUGCGCAUGUUUAUUGCCCACCAUUGCCACUAUAUACACAUGUAUUUCAUCCCAAGGAGACCAGGCAAAUUAACAAAGGCCCGGGCAAUUACUGUUAACUGUAUUUGGACAGUGUACUGCAAAGUGGCUUUCUUCCUCCUUUUGACCCCAUUUUACCGAGGUCAGAAAGCAUGCUUUCAAAGCUUGGUUGGAGCAUGGACCUAUUCGUAAUAGGUCCAUGGUUGGAGUGGUGGCUCUACCAGCAUAGUGCCUGUGUCUAUGCAUGGACCUAGGUCCAUGGUCUAUGUUACUAGGUAUACCAGCAUACACCAUAGAGCUAUAGCUCUAUGCAUACACCAUUUCCAGUCAUAGGUAUUCUUCAAAUUAUUACAAUAUGAUGAUGUAGGCCUACUUUGUACAAUUGUAGAGAGUGGCCAGAGACCUUUAAUAUGCACACCCCCCCCUUUUUUUUUUUUUUGAAAUAGAAUUUAACAUUGUUCUCAAACUUUUUACCAGACACAUGUUGUACAAUGUACCAACUUCAGUAAUUUAUUACUUUCUGUCUUUGGCUUGUGUCCAUUGUGUGAUUUGUGUCUGUAUUGGUUGUUGCUAUGUUAGACAAUCUUAUCAUUAUCACAAGAAAGUGAAGAAUAACAUUCAGAAGAGAAAAAAGCAACAAAUACCUAAAUUUAAUUUGUAAAACGAAUUGUUAUACAACUGUUAUACAACAUGUAUAGAUAUUUGGCUUCCUCCUGUCCUGUACUAUAUUUUUUGGUACUUUUUAGUCCAGUUUUUCCCCAUUUCCCAAAACACCCACUCCAAUGAUUCACAAACAAAUUAUAAUGAAAUUUCUAUGCUAUAAUAGGAAAUACAGUGUAUUGCAGCUGUUUUUAUACUUCAAAAUUAUCCCUCUUCCAAUCUAUCCUCCAGAGUGCUUAGUUCAGCGUUGAUUGCUGCUAAGGUCACAUGACUAGACCCAGUGGGUAGAUUAAUGGGUCAGGGGUUCAAGGCCUCCUUCCUGAAACCUGAUGAAAUUUCCUUCCCUGCCUGUCCGCCCACUCAUAAAUCAUAAUUUUUAGGCUUUCAUUCUGAAGGCAAGUCCAUGCUCUAACCAUGGAGCUAUUAAUAGCUCUAUGCUCUAUUAAACCAUACAGAUACAUCUCCAUGCUUUAUCAUGCUAUUCAAAUUGGAUAAUUGAGUUUAGCAUAAUCUAGAGAGAGAACUUGUACUUCAAAUUAGGAAUCUAGUACUGUUUACUAUAUAUUACAUAGUCAUGUACACAUGUAUGGUUUGCAGAAUACACUGUACUUCUAGGAUCCUAACUGUGUUACCUUUAUGUAUGUACCAGGGACUCAUCAAUACUUAAAUUUCAGAACCAAAGUUCUCAAAAAGUUGUUUUUCUGCCUCUUUUUUUCAAUCUUGGAGGAAACCCAAGAAGUUCCUCCUAGGUUUGAUAAACUUUUUGGUAUUAAUUCCCAGGCCAGCAACUGGGAAUAUUUUCAAUGCCAUUAAAUGUGUAUUCAUGUUAUAGGGUUUCAUAUAUUCAAUGCUAUCCCCCUGACCCCAUCGGGUCAAGCUAACAUUCCAGGCUUGGAUCCCAAGAGAAUAUGUAUGAUCCGUGUUUCUUAAGCAAGGCAAGAGAUAUAUUCUGAAGGCUUCCAGUAGACCAGGGAAGCCUAAAAGAGGUGUAAAAUUACCAGUACAAUCAAUCCAUUGGAAUCACCAUACUUUUGUUUCAAAAUAAUUAGUUUGGUAGACUCAACAUCGAUAGUAUAGGACAUACACACCAAAGUUCCUACUUAAAUGCUGCAAAAAAUCUGCUUCAAACACUACCGUAUGCAAUGAGCAUUUACAUGUAGUUAUUGAUCCAUUCAUAAAAGAAAUAAAAAUGUUAUGAUGUAUCUUGUAGUGGCCUACAUGCGAACUAGAGAUAAAUCACACCAAAGCUAUAAAAAAAUGCUGCAAAAAUAUGCUCAAUAGUACCUAUCUGCAUGACUUGUAGUCAUUGAUCCAUUUAAAAAUUGAAAUAUUAUGAUGUAUCCUAAAGGGGCCUACAUAGAUGAUUAAAAAUACAUGUAAUAUCUAAAUGGCAUUGUUUUAUCUAUCAUAUUUUAUCUACAAUGCAAGGAUUCUCCAACGACACUAAAGGCAACUAAGUACGAAGAAUUGUAUUAAUGUUAUUGACAUCAUGGUUACUGAUCGUGUUAAGGGAUGAACAAACGCAGUGUAUCGCUCUAAUCAUAUUGUGAUGAAAAGAUUCGAGGUACAUGAACUCUCUUCAAAUCGCAUGAUUCUAAAAUUGAUAACUCUUCAAAUAUUUGCCAGGUACUUCAUCAACUCCUUUGAAGUGAGAUGAAACGUUCAAGUAACUAACUGCAAUGUCUGCGACCGAUUGUCAAAGUUUCGUAAAGUUGUAGUAAAUUGGAUUGGGAAUUGUGCGAUGUGAAUUUUCCAAAGCUGUAUUUUUAAACUAUGGAGUAUAUUUCAAUACUAAGAUGUAGGCCUAUAUACUUUGUAGAUAAUGUUUUCGGGGGGGGGGGGUAGAAACUCCAGAUUUCCAGAUUAGUUAUAUUUACAGGGUAACAACCAUAUCUUAUCAUAUUGUGGCUAUGAGAACAAGGUACAUGAAAGCACUUUUAGAGUUCAUCUGCAGUCCAUGAUUCUCAAACUGAUAAAGUUGUCUGUCUGACUCUGUUCAAAUAUUUGCCAAGUACUUUUAUCUUUCUUGAAGUGGGCUGAUAUACAUGUACUGGACCUGAACAACUUUUGACCCUCCGAUUUCAGGUAGAAUAACUAUUUUGUCUGAAUUGAUAAAGCUGCUAUCACACCAUAUCACGUGUGACCAAUUCGUAAAAGUUUGUUCACUUUUAUUUAGAUAGAUAUGAUACCAAUUUCUAGAGUACAGUUGAAAAUUUGAAAUACUACAUUGAAUGCAUUUACUUUUGUUAUAUUUGAUGCAUUUGCAUAGAACUCUAUUCUGAUCUCCAAGUAAUGAGCUUUUAUCCUCUUAAAAAAUCUUCCCUUUCUUUCUUUUAUUUUCAAUAAUCUUGUGCUAAUGCUCGAUAAGGGCCAUUGCAUUGAACUUAGCAAAGCUUAUAGAUUAGUUCCCCAGACACACGCAAGUGGAAGUCAUCAUUUGCUGUAGAACUGCAAAUCUCAGGAGAUACUCUUACAUGUAAUAUUCAUUACAGAUGUGUGAAGUUCAAAUGUUAAGGCUCUAAGCACAUUUUGGCUUCCUACUUAAUUUGUCUGCAUUUGCUGAUUCAAUCUAUUCCACCUGAUUUUCAUGACAUCUUAGGUUAUGAAUCGAGAUGGUCUUUUUUACACCAUUUAUACAAGUAUGCCUAUAUGCAGCUAAUAUGUGGGAGUAUUACACCUGUAUGCAUUUAUCUAUUCCGGCUGUACAUGUAUUUACAUGCCAAGUAAAUUAUGUGAAAUGAUACCCGAUCAUGCAUUGUGGAAGUCUGUGUGGGAUAUCGAGUUCUGAAACCAUAUGUUCAAACCAUAAACAUCUGGUGUAUUGAAAUUGCAUGAGACAUUGGUAUUUAUGUAAUGGCUACAGUAUGUUCGGAUGAGCCAUGGAAGUGGGAGGUUGAACCAAUCCUUGGUCCCUGGUAUAAGCAUGUUUGCUGUAUGGCCCAAUGUAGGUCCAUGGUAUAAAAAUGUACUUGCAUCUAGGCUUCAAUCUAAGCCUAUUGAUAUAAUUUGUGUGUAGAUGCAUGUUUAUAUAAAGAUCUACCCCCCCCCUCCCCCGUUCUGUUCAAUUAUCUACCAGCAUUUAUUAUUUCAUUUCAGCUACAUUGUACAUGUGAUUUGAUGCCCUUCAUUGGUUUAUUAGGUCAAUAGAAUUUAAAAGCCAACUUAGGAGGCCUAAUUGUUAUGCAUGUGGAUAUUGGCAUCUCUCCAGGGGACUUUCCUUCUGAAAAUGAGAGACAAACAUAUUAACUUAUCCGUACAUGUAGCUACAAAAAAACAAAAAACAAGGAAAAUUAAAAUACAAAGGAAACCAUAUUAUUUUUUGCCAACCCAUUUUGUCACACCAUGUAAAUCACAUGGCAGCCUCUCUCUAAAGACCAUAUAUUCAUUGAGUGAACCUUUUGAGGGACCUUUUGUUAUGAAUGAUGAGAUGGCCAGGCUCUUCACUCUGUACUGAGCUUCAGAGGGUCAGUCGUUUGUAACUGCUAUUAUAAAAGAACAAUUACAUUUUGAACUCCUUGUAAUUGUAUUCAUCCCAACAAAGGCGUACUUAAAGUUGAAAACAGCUUGGAAUUAGGGCACCACGUCAUAGUAUAAUACAAUUGUGGGCACAUGUGUGUAGCUUGGUUCUACCGUCUACGUUACCUUACAGGAUCAGUUGUGUAACCUUUAAACUUUAUGCAAAUCCCAAUGCAAGGUCUGUACUGUAUGCAGAUCUGAUUUAUAUAGCCCUUUGUUGCGAGUAAAGUACACCUUCACGCAUUGAUUGGGUUAAACUAUGAAUCAGUUUAGCAUCACAGGGAAAAGCCAUCAAGACUACAUUUGUAUUGGUUUUUAUUCAAUCUUUCAUGAUCAUUUUAUGCAUACUGCUGACUUGGCAUGGAAUAACGAAACAUUACAUGGGGGCUCUGUGAUUUCACCCCCGAAAUGAUAAAAAGAGCCUUGGAAAUCCCCAUUUAAUGCAUUGUUGAAGCUUAUCCAUUGUAGCAGAUUGGUAUGGAAGCAGUAUUUAUCUACUUCAGCUUUGUAUUGACAGUCCUUAAAUACUAUUUGUAUUAAUGAUUGCCUACAACCUUGGCAGAACAUUCGUGUUCAGUCCCACUCUCUUGUGACUCACAAUUCUUUUCUGGUAAUUUUGGCGAUUCAGCUAUCUUGCCGCACAUCCAAUUCUUAGGUGCUUAUACUGCAUAGUAAUCAAUAUUUUCCAAUCACUUAUGGGGAUUCUCUCCUCGAGUUCAUUCUCACCAGCAAAACUUAUGUUUGUCUGUGAAUGAACAGCACAUGAUAAGGAUAUCCUUUAUGACUGUUGACUCUAUACAAACCUGCAGCAACUUCCAGUUUCAUAUUUCAAAUCUGAUUUUCAAUGAUAUAUAAUUGUUCUGCUUGGUUGAUGUAACAGAAUAGUUCGUACAAAACAACAAGGCAUAGUGGAUGACACUGCCACGCCAUGUAGUUGACAAAAGAAGUGCAUUUUUGUUAAUAUUGUCUAACCCUGGUCUAACCUUGCUCAACUGCAAUGAACUACAUGCAAUACACUGCAAAAACUCCGGUGUUGAUUUAACACCAGCCCGGAAUCUAUAUAUGUCCACACCAGAUAAGUGUUAAAUAACACCAGCUUUGGUAUUACUCUAACACUAGAUAGGUAUUUAUACAGCAACAAUUAGUAUUAAAACAGCAUCAGUUUGAUUCCAAACUGGUGUUGUUUCAAUACUUCUCUGGUGUGGACAUACAUGUAUAUAGAUUCCGGGCUGGUGUUAAAUCAACACCGGAGUUUUUGCAGUGUAAGGUUUACUUGGAAUGUAGGUUAAUUUACAUGAUUAUUUGAUAAAAAAAAAGAGAUAUUACUGUUCAGCCCUUGAUUCAAGCAUGUCAUUGAUAAAAUAUGAAUCUCUAAAAGUUGUUUACUUUUGCAGUGGUAUUUAUGUUUGAGUUCCCUAUAUUUUUCUGUCAUUCGUAAAAUGCCAAGUAUCGCGUCAUUUAGAAAACAUUUUGUUGUGUAAGGAUCGAUGCUGUGCUUGCUUCGUUUUGAUAAUAGAGUUUCUAGAUUUUGUUCUGCUUACAUAUUUUGUCUCAAUAGUACUUCAAUAAUCAACUCAAUACAGUGUAAACUGGCACAUUUUCCUGCCACUAUUGUACGACGUAUGUUUGAAAAUGUAUAUUAUGUAAAUACAGAGCUUUAUUUGAGUAGAAUACUUAAGUGUGAUGUGAUUAUAAGUGGCAAAUCAGUUCCAAAGAAUACAUUUCUUAAGUCUCUUUGGUGCAAGCCGAAGAUGACCUCUUGAUUAUGAAAAUGGAAAUGUUAUUUCCUUGCCAACUAUAUUCUUAUUUAUGGUCAGUGGGAUUUGAUGGAAAUGGUAGAUAGAGCUAUGACAAAAUUGUGAUGCUGCUUCUCUAUUGUCACUAGAAUAAAUGAAGCAAACUAUGAAGAA